UCAAGUAAUCCUCCCAUCCCAGCCUCCCUAGGACAAAAGUCACCAGAGCACCGCCCCCACCUGAGCCCAAGGCUGAAGUAGAGCCCCCGCCACAAUCAGAGCCCACACCAGUCAAGGAGGAAAUAAAGCCACCGCCGCCGCCGCCGCCGCCUCCUCGCCCUGCUACUCCUCCUCCUCAGAUUGUGGCCCAGGAACUGACUGUGGGCAUCAAUGGAUUUGGACGCAUUGGUCGCCUGGUGCUGCGUGCCUGCAUGGAGAAGGGUGUUAAGGUUGUGGCUGUGAACGAUCCAUUCAUUGACCCAGAAUACAUGGUGUACAUGUUUAAGUAUGACUCCACCCACGGCCGAUACAAGGGGAGUGUGGAAUUCAGGAAUGGACAGCUGGUCGUGGACAACCAUGAGAUCUCUGUCUACCAGUGCAAGGAGCCCAAACAGAUCCCCUGGAGGGCUGUUGGGAGCCCCUACGUGGUGGAGUCCACAGGCGUGUACCUCUCCAUAGAAGCAGCUUCGGACCACAUCUCGGCAGGUGCUCAACGUGUGGUCAUCUCUGCGCCCUCGCCGGAUGCACCAACGUUUGUCAUGGGUGUGAACGAAAAUGACUAUAACCCUGGCUCCAUGAACAUUGUCAGCAAUGCAUCCUGCACCACCAACUGCCUGGCCCCCCUCGCCAAGGUCAUCCACGAGCAAUUUGGGAUCGUCGAAGGGUUGAUGACCACAGUCCAUUCCUACACAGCCACCCAGAAGACAGUGGACGGGCCAUCAAGGAAGGCCUGGCGAGAUGGGCGGGGUGCCCACCAGAACAUCAUCCCAGCCUCCACUGGGGCUGCCAAAGCCGUGACCAAAGUCAUCCCAGCACUCAAAGGGAAGCUGACGGGGAUGGCGUUCCGGGUACCAACCCCGGAUGUGUCUGUCGUGGACCUGACCUGCCGCCUCGCCCGGCCAGCCCCCUACUCAGCCAUCAAGGAGGCUGUAAAAGCAGCAGCCAAGGGGCCUAUGGCUGGCAUCCUUGGCUACACCGAGGAUGAGGUCGUCUCUACGGACUUCCUCGGUGAUACCCGCUCGUCCAUCUUCGAUGCUAAGGCCGGCAUUGCGCUCAAUGAUAAUUUCGUGAAGCUCAUUUCAUGGUACGACAACGAAUAUGGCUACAGUCACCGGGUGGUCGACCUCCUCCGCCACAUGUUUAGCCGAGACAAGUGAAGCGGGAAGGUCCUUUCUUUCCCUCCCAGGGGCCAGGGCCGGAACCUGUGCCUCCCGUUCCAGGAUCUGGCUCUCUGGCUCUCCGGGGGAGGAAGGGCACCCGGGGUGGGCGCCCCACGCCGCUGAGGCCAUGGUGAAAUAAAGAACAGUGCUC